ACAGAACUGCUCCUGCACUAGGCACGAGUGAAUGCAUUAGUUAAGACCUGUCUGGUUGCGUUUGUUAGGCGAGUAAAAGAUCAGACUGUUACCACCGAGGUGCUUUUCGUGGUCAGCCGGCCUCGGGGCGGGGCCGCCCAUUCUCGGGCCCCCGGGGGGCGGCAGCUCCCGGCCAGCCCGGGCGGGGCAGAUGGAGGCGAGCCGCAAGAGGAGCCCGAGCACUCAUGCCCGAGCAAAUAGUUACUGUUGCUGGAGGUGUGAUAGCGGGGAUCCUUUUAUUUGUUCUCAUUGGAAUAACUGCGUACUUGCUCUGGAAGAAGCUUUGCCUUAUUUAUUCUUAUGAAGAGCUCCCUAAUCCUGUCAAAACACCACCUGUGAAUGCCAUUUUGCAAGAUCAGUCAUCUUCUGAAAUUCAACCAAAAAGAUCCAAAAGCGUUCCAUUUAUAAUUCCACCAACGCUGCAUGGGCGAGACUGGAUUAACCUGACCAAUGAAGAGCAAAUUCAGGAAGACAAUAACUCCUGCAUGACUCCCCAGUCUGGGCCACGGUCGUCAUUUCAUUCUUUGGCUGGAGCUUACAUUGUAGGGACCAUUAACCCAGAGCUGUACAAGUUUCCUGAAGACAAGAGUGAGACCGACUUUCCUGAAGGCAACGUUGGCCGUCUCUGGUUCUCUAUAGAAUACAAGCAAGCAUCAGAAAGGCUCCUCGUCUCCGUGAUAAAAGCCAGAAACCUGCAGCCUCCCACUGACUCUUGCAGUCCGUUUGUGAAGAUCUACUUGCUGCCUGAUGAAAGACGCUACCUGCAGUCUAAAAUAAAGCGUAAAACCCUUAAUCCACAGUUUGAUGAAAACUUUGUUUUCCAGGUUUCCAGUAAAACAUUGCUUCAGAGGACUCUGAAGUUUCUGGUUUAUCAUGUUGAUAAGCAGAAGCACCACCACCUCCUAGGCCAAGUCAUUUUCCCACUGAAAAAUGAAACCUUAACUGAUGAGAGCAAAGUAGUUGUAUGGAGAGAUCUGGAGAAAGAAAACCUAGAGACUCCCUCAGAGUAUGGCGAUAUCCAGUUCUCCCUCAGCUACAACGACUGCCUGGGUCGUCUUACUGUGGUGGUUCUGAGGGCAAAGGGAUUAAAGCUCCAGGAUGAGAGCCGUGCUGUCAGUGUCUAUGUCAAGGUCUCGUUAAUGAACCAUAAUAAGUUAGUCAGAAGUAAAAAGACAGCAGCUGUUCUGGGAUCUCCCAAUCCAGAGUAUAACGAAUCCUUCAGUUUCAAGGCAAAUAAGACAGAGCUGGAUGCAGCAAGCCUGAGUCUAUCUGUGCUCCAGAACACUGAACAAAAAUCACAUGUGCUGGGGCGUGUUGUAGUUGGGCCAUACAUGUACAGUCGAGGCAAAGAACUAGAACACUGGAACGAAAUGAUCAGCAAGCCUAAGGAGCUGGUUAAACAGUGGCAUGCUCUCUGCUACAGCACUUAAACAGCAUCACUCUAUGGACAAAAAACACACACAAAUGGAGAAGCUCUCACUGUCCUUUAAAACCUGAUGAUAAAGGAUACAAAGUCUUUGAACAGUUAACACUCCUAUGCAGGCAGGAAUAGAAGUAUAUUCUCCAAACACAAUCAGAAGGCUUGGUCCCUGGUAGUCUGGAACAAAACCCCAACCUGUCCUUGUACGUCUUCCCAGAUAUCUCUCUGCUGGAAACAGAGCACGGAUUAAGGUUUGACCUACUAUGGAGAUUCUUACAUGGAAAACUCAGUCAAUUGGUGGAAGCCCUUAGGAUUUACGUUUGUUUUAGUGGUAGUUUCCUGCACUAAUUAAAUUACUGUUCUGCAACAUAAUUUAAAGCAAUUACUUUCUCUCAAAAUAAAUACAAUUCUUCUCUUCCUGACUGUUCACUAGGGUCCUGACCUUCACACCUUUUACACCCUACUGUCAUAAAUCCGAUAGGCUACUGCAGAAAAGCAUUUUGCACAAUUUUGUACAAUUGUGUUCCAGGAGGAGCAUAAUUUCUACAAAGUCAAUUUCCUUUCAAACAAGAUAUUAUGUUAAUUCAAUAUAUAAAAACCUUUCGAUUUCUCAUUGUCUACAGGAAAAUACAAUGAAUGAAAAUUAUACCUGAGAGGAACUGUUAAAAUAGAUUACUCUUCACCUGAUCAACCAUCUGAAACAUAAAUGGGAUUCUCGGGCUGUCUUGCUGCAUCAGUGAAUAUAAGAGUGCAGCUGUUAGAAUUUAAUCGAAUAUUAAAAUACCAUAUCUCCAUCAAAUGAACAUACUGCCCCAAACCUAAAUUUAACUACAAAACCACAGAAAGUUUAUCCAACAUACUGUAUUAAAUUCCAAAAAUAAUGAAAGAAUAUUUAAAUGCACUUACCAGCACACUUCAUGUUUCUCAAGCAAAAUAAACGAAAAAGGUCCAUUUUGACUCUUCCUGCACAGCAGUUACUCCAGUAAUGAAAAAGAUAUGAUUAAAUAAGGUACUACGACGCAGUGCUGUUGUCACACUAAGAUGCAAAGCACAGAAAUCCCUCACCCACAAAACAUGCAGUAAAGAGAUGUAAGACUAUACAAAAUGUGACUCUUCUCCCAGUACUGCCAUUACUACUGAAAAACUUCAGUAUUUCCAAAGCUCUACAAUAAUGCUAUCAUGUACUCAUAGAAAAACAAUCUCUUUCAGUGGCAGUGAGCAGCAAUUUACCUGUUUUACAGCAGAAAUGAAGGAUACACUCUUGUUCUAAAGGGUAUUUUUGUAGAGAAGAAACCCCGCCACUACUCAACUAGAACAUUUAUCUGUACAUCAUACACUAUCAUGACUUCUGUGCUAAUCACAAUUAUUCUUACACUAGUCUUCUAAGUUGAAUGAUUAGUCACCUCUAUUAGUCCCUCCUUCCUCUAAGUGAAGAACUGAGAGGCCAGAUGCAUUUAUUUGGUGACUACCUGCUCCUAACAAAAUGCUCUAAAAACAGCACCUUGAUAUAAGAGAAAGGGAACACAGAGUUACAGACGAUCACGGAUCAGAUGGCUCCUGGGAAGUAGAACUCCAUGCCAGACAGUAGCACAGAAAGACAGUGCAAUGACUUCCCAUCUGGAAUGCAUGCAAGGAAGUCUAAAGUGAAAAACAUAAGACAGUGGGACUUACAAUUUCCAAGAAAGAAUUAUAAAAGCAAAGAUCAGAAGCAAAGCUACAGCACCACAAUAAAUUAAACUGACAUUGAACUACACUGUUACAUUACAUACAUCAGAUUUCACAAAGGAACACUAUUAAAAGAGUCAGAGAGAGACCUGAAAAGAUCAUGAGAAGAGAAUGAGGACUAAGUUAGCCAGCAACACAACCACAAUACAUGGAACUCAGCAGUUAGAUGCACGUAGUUCAGCAAUCCAGAUGGCCCGAAUUACUUCCAAAGUUAUGAAAUCAUCCUAAUGAGGCUGCACAGCAACAGGAUGUUAAACAAUCUUUAGAAUUUCUCUAACAUAAUUGAUGCCUGGUUUUCCUAAGUCUUAUUAAAUUCAAAGAACUCCUGGAAUACCUUAAUUCAUACCAGAUUAAUAUUCAUGUAUACGCCUCAUUUAAACAAAUACAAACACUGAAAUUAUUCUUUCUUUCUGUAUGUUCUCCCCCAGCACUAAGUAACCCAGAAUCUGGAAUCAGGCAGUGCUGCAUGAAGUAUAGAUGGGAUGAGGUACAAAUGGUGAAAAUCUGAACAGUGAGGUAAUACUCAUUGCAACUCAUCUGAAUAAGUUUCAGAAAACUGCAGUUUUAGUCUUAUGAGGUAAGAGUCACACAUUCAGAGAUGGAAUAAAAUAAUGGGGAAUUGUUUUUUAAUAGAAGAUAGCCAGAGAUCAAACCACAAGGGUUUAAGGGGAGGGUGGGCGCUCUCUUUUUAAUCAAGUCUACAUUUUUGAGAACGUAUUUGAGGCUUGUGGAUAGCUGAAAUGUCAUGUAGAGACAUUUACUAACUGAGAACAACACUGGUAAAGGUAUGCAAGAAUGCAAUCUAAUAGAAUAUAGAAAAUAUGAUUUAUACCUUACAGCUUGUCUCAAUAAGAGUCAUAAUAAGAGGCACUUAGUCUCAGUUGGAGGCAUAAUUUACAUCAGAUAGAAUACUGAUCACUAUCUUUCUAUUUGAUCACUUUCAGAGUAAUAGUUAUCAAACUGUUGCUUUAUAAAGUCAGUCAUCAUUUACUAAUCUUUUAACAACAGUGUAUUUUGAUAGUGCCUUCUAAGACCUUAAAAAGAAUCAAUUUAAUUUCUAAAUCUGGUCAAGUUGGGAGAAAGUUGUGUUAAAUUGGCUGUAACCAAUUUUGAAAUUGGCUCAAUGUGACUAUGCAUAUUUCUUUGCUACCUUACAGCUAAAUGCAUUAAAUGUAAUUAUUCAAAAGAACUAUUUUAAAAGAACGCACCAUUUAAAAUUAUUUAAAACCUCUGAGAUUACUGCAACAACUUGUAGCUACACAAGAUCAGAUCCUCAGACAGAUGUUAAAAGAGAAAAUAGCAGCAAACCCACUGAGGCAGAACAGUAGAAAUAUUGCUGUUAAAAGACAGACUCAAACAGAGCAAGCACAAAAACAACAAAUUGUAACUUGGUGAU